GUGUUAGUUUACGCAUGCGCCAAGACAUUUUAUUGAUAAUCAAAAAAUUUUUCUAUUUAAAUUUAAUUUCAGAUUUUGAUUGAUUGUUUGAUAUAAAAAAUGGUUGAUCUAGCAAGAGAGAGAGCCGAACUCGCUCUAAUAAACGCUGUAAAAACUCCAGUCAUAUAUGAACGAUUCUUAAGAAAACUGCCAUAUCAAUAUGUGAAAGAUAUAGCGAUUUCUAUAUUAAAAGAAAGCAAGAUCAGCAAUAUUCUGACGGAAGAUGACUUGAAAUUUAAAAUUGACACAUUUGAAGAAAAAGUUCAACUUUUACAGAAGAUCAUUGAAGCAGUUGAAGGUAAAGGUAUAGUUGAUGAGAAGGAUAUCAUUUCUGGAGUAAAUCAUCAGCGAACGUUAGAUUUUUUACUACUACUGACUGGAUUUGCUGUACGGAAGAGGGAAGGAGUCUCUACACAAAAUUUCAAAUCUUUUGUUGAUGAAAUAGAAGCAAUGGGUUAUCAAAGAGCCAGUCAAGUAAAGAAACAAGUACCCAAAACAGUUUUCCUUGGACCAGUGAUGAAAAAUGAAAUAUUUGAUGCAUAUAAUAUAUUUCCUCAAAACAGGAUGCCUUUACAGAGUAUUUUUAAUCAAAGUUCAAUGAAUCCUUUAUGGCAAAACAGGGAACCCAAUGAAAUAAAUGAGAUAUCUAUCCUUGAUAUUAAAGAUAUAGAUUUUUUAAACGACUACUUUUUUUGCUUAGCCAAUGAAGUAGUACCUUCAAUUAAAGAAUACGAGACAAUAACGUGGAAACUUCGUAAAGUUUCGCUCCAAAAUUGUCCGAAUGUUACUGAUUGGUCAGUAUUUUGGAUUAAAAAAGCAAAUAAUUCCAUUAGGGAUUGUAGUUUCAAUGAAUGCAAUUCUUUGAGCUAUUGGACAUUUGAAACUUUUGAACAAGCCUCUCAGAGUUCAGUAAUUAUUGGAAAGUCUAAGAAAGGUGGAAAAUCAAAAGUUACUGUUAAUAAAGAACCUCCUGGAGAAUGUAUUUCCUUAACACGUGACUUUUCUCAAGAAGUUAAAGAAAAAUUAAGACCUGUUAAUCCCUAUUUCAAUCCUUAUGCAUCCAAUGAUCUAGAUCUAGAAAAAGAAUUGAAAACGGAACGCAUAAGUAUCAGAAAAGAACCUCAAUUUCGUUGUCGGUUUUUAGAUGAUAAAAAAGCAGUUAUAAUCCAUUUUCAAAGCCUAUAUAAAGACAAUAAAGGAUCAAAUGAUAGAUUAUUCGGAAGAAUUAAUUUCGAAUCUUUAAUAGCAAACAAAAAAAUACAAUAUUGUAAAAAUGUUUUUAACUAUUGGAAAAUAAACAACUGGAAAUUUUACGAUUGUUAUGAGGAUUAUAUACAAUUUAUAUCACUCAAACGAUCACUUCUCGUCAUUCCAUUUAAUUUAGUAUGCGACGAAGAACAUCUUUCCCUUUAUUUGAUAGAUAUAAUUAUUGGACUUUUACAAAUGAACCUCAGUCCGGAAGCGCCACCUGUAAUCAUUUUUGUAGGAUUUGGAACUAAAAUUGACGAAAUCAUAGCUACAUAUUCUUUAGUUUCUAUAAUGCAGUCUAAAAUAGAUGAAUUUAAGAAUACUAUUAAAGAAAAGUCAAGUAUCCAAGAACUUUCAACGCUUGAAUUCAGCGAUCAAAACAAUAUACAUAAUUUAAUGGCUUUAACUCAAUUAUUAUAUGAAUUAAAGUCAAAUAUAGAAAUUGAUAAUUCACUUAUAACUUUUAUUAACCUGGAUAUAGAGAAAAAAGAUCAAGAUUUAGCUAACUAUAUGAAUGUAGCAUUUAAAAGAGUUGUAGAUUUAAAUCCACAGUUUAAGUACACAGAAGAUACUUUAGAUGACUUUAUCGCGUCAAUUAAUAAGAAAGUUAAAAAGAGAGAGGGUUUUUUAAGUAUAACAGAGAUUAUGGAGGCAAACUCUCGUUCAAAUCUAUUUCAUGUCAAUAAAGCAGAUGAGGAACAACAUAAAGUAGUGGAAAUAUGCUCAUUUCCAUAUUUUAAAGUUUUGGAUUUAUGUCAUAUAUUAGGUCAUAUAAUAUUUUUGAAGAGUUUUUUAGACGAACAAUGGUACGUAGCUAGUCCACAAUGGUUUGCAAAUUAUCUACAAAACUUAUAUUCUAUAUCGGAAAUUUGUGGUGAUCAUGUAAAAAUUGAUCAGUUUUUUCUUCGAAAAUCAAUGAAAGUGUGUCAGAAAGCGGAUUGGUAUAGUUCAAAAAAUGCUCCAGGAAAGAUAUUUAGUUAUGUGGAAUUUCUUUUCCGGACGGCUGUAGGAUUAAAACUGCCAAAUUGUGGUUUAUUACUUCCUCUUCAAUUGACAUCCGCUCCAAAGGAAAUGUUCAAGUUGUUAGAGUGUUAUUGGCCUAAAAAUGUAAAGAAAUCCAUUAUGAUUAAAUUUAGUAACACCCGUUGA